AUGUCUCUUGAUAUGAUGUUACUGGAUUCACAGGAUCUUAUUCUGAAGAUAAGGAUGCACUUUUCCGUGUGUAGUGGUCGCAUUCCAUCAUCUAAGAAUCAGAAGCUUCAGAACCUAAGGACGAGAAAUAACAGUUCCAUCUAUACAUCAAGGUUGUUCAUGCUAACGCUAAGCUCCAUCACCAGGUGA